CUGAGCGAGCUUGCGCGAUGGGCCGCUGCUCCGCUUUUUCCUUGUCGACAUUAUUGUGAUUUUUUUGUUCCGGAAUAGAAGGCUCGUGGGCAGAAGCUUUUUCGCCCUUCUCUCUGCCCCAUAGCUUCCCCGCUUAUGGACCCCAAAAGCUGCAGCUGCUACUGAGGAGACAGACAAUUAUGUCAAUUCUAGUAUGUGCUCUCUUCCACUAGAAGGUCUCCGGUGGGACUGAGGCAAUUAGAAGCCAGAGGAAUGGAAAACAAGUACCGGGGUCGACCUUUGUUAUGCUCCUUUACAACAAUGUAUACAUUCCUGCUAGGGACCAUAUUUAUUGCUUUAAGCUCAAGUCGAAUCCUGCUGGUAAAAUAUUCAGCCAAUGAAGAGAACAAAUAUGAUUAUCUUCCAACUACUGUGAAUGUUUUCUCAGAACUGGUGAAGUUUAUUUUCUGUGUGCUUGUGUCCUUCUGGGUUAUAAAGAAAGAUCAUCAAAGCAGAUGCUUGAAAUGCACCUCCUGGAAGGAACUCACUAAUUUCAUCAAGUGGUCUGUUCCUGCCUUUCUAUACUUCCUGGAUAAUUUGAUUGUCUUUUAUGUCCUUUCUUACCUUCAGCCUGUCAUGGCUGUUAUCUUCUCAAAUUUUAGCAUUAUAACAACAGCUCUUCUAUUCAGGAUGGUGCUGAAGAAGCAUCUGAAUUGGAUACAGUGGGCCUCCCUCCUGAUUCUCUUUCUGUCUAUUGUGGCCCUCACGACUGGGACUGAAACCUCACAGCAUAACCUGGCAGGACAUGGAUUUCAUCAUGAUAUUUUCUUCAGCCCAUCCAAUUCCUGCCUUCUUUUCAGAAACGAGUGUCCCAACAAUGACAAUUGCACAGCAAAAGAGUGGACUUUUUCUGAAGCAAAAUGGAACUCCACAGCCAGGGUUUUCAGUCACAUCCGUCUUGGCUUGGGCCAUGCUCUUAUUAUAGUUCAGUGCUUUAUUUCCUCAAUGGCCAACAUCUAUAAUGAAAAGAUAUUGAAGGAAGGGGACCAGCUCACUGAAAGCAUCUUCCUACAGAACAGCAAGCUCUAUUUCUUUGGUAUUCUUUUUAAUGGACUGACCCUGGGCCUUCAGAGCAGUAACCGUGAUCAGAUUAAGAGCUGCGGUUUUUUUUAUGGCCACAGUGCAUUUUCAGUAGCCCUCAUAUUUGUAACUGCAUUCCAGGGCCUCUCGGUGGCUUUCAUUCUCAAGUUCCGGGAUAACAUGUUCCAUGUCUUAAUGGCCCAGGUCACCACUGUCAUUAUCACAACGGUGUCUGUCCUGGUCUUUGACUUCAGGCCCUCCCUCGAGUUUUUCUUAGAAGCACCAUCAGUACUUCUCUCCAUAUUUAUUUAUAAUGCCAGCAAGCCUCAAGAGCUACAAUAUGCACCUAAGCAAGAAAGGAUCCGUGAUCUAAGUGGCAGUCUUUGGGAACGCUCCAGUGGGGAUGGAGAGGAACUGGAAAGACUUACUAAACCCAAGAGUGAUAUUGAGUCAGAUGAAGAUGGUUUCUAAUUUCUCUUACGAACCUUAUUUUCACAUUUUCAGCAUGUGUAAUAUUUAUCUUUUGAUAAACCAAGCAUAUUUCUAAAGCAUAAAUUCUUUGCAUAAUAUAUCUCCUCUAAACAGUUCCAUUCAGACUUAUAGUACCUGGAAACUGAAAGACUCUAAGGAACUGACACGGGAGUGCUAGGGUAGAAACUACUUUGACACAUAAACAAGAUAUAUUCACAAAUUGUUUUCCUUGUUCUCUAAGGUUCCGGAAUGCUUGUACAAUCACAUGAACUGUACUCUGUUAAUAUACAAAUAGCAAUCAAUGUGCCAGGUACCCAUAAUUAGAUAGUUUUGCUCAGCAUGCCAAAAUCUUCCCUUUUUAUCAUUAUUGAUUAUCACGUUGGUCCCGUUUUUUUAAGACCCUGGAGAUACUCGUUUUGCAGUUAAAAAGCAACAUGGCAAAAAAUGUGGUUGAUGGACCUUAAUGUCUCGGUACAGUCUGUGCUAAAUAUUUUGCCAAAGAAACAAUUUUUCAGAAGCAAAAUAUUAGAAUUUUAAUUUUUAGGACUUUGUAGGGAAUUUGAUUUUUAGAAGCUGGAAGUUGGUUCUUACAAUUAUCACUUGUUCUUUUAAAUCACAAGCUGUGGUAGGCUUUUUCCUCUGUUUAACUUCAUUACUCUUGGACUAUUGAAUUUUGGAAAAUUAAUGAGGCAUUUCAUGUUGUUAUUAAGUUUAUGAUUAUUAUAUGUCUCAAUAGGUUAUCUUUUUUUCAAGAGUGGACAUUGACAUCAGAAUCAAACCAGAUUUUCAGUAAGAUUAAUGCCUAGUGGCUUCUUGUAAAAGGUUUAUUGUACAAAUAAGUGUGUUUUACUCAAUUAUAGUUAGCAUUACUCUAAAAAGAAAAGGACCAGUAAUAAAGUACUUUGCAGUGAUGCUGGAUGGUACAUUAUGUGCAUGGUAUUCUUCAAGAUAAUUCUGCAUGCAGCUAGUUCACUAUGAGGUAGAAAAAUCAGGUGAUAGCUUAAAAAAACAUAAACUGCUUGUCCAAGGUUGUGCAGCUAGGUGUUAGUAGGUUAAAAACUGAGGCUUUAGGUAAUAAGCCUGUGGGUUUACAGAACAUUGCACUGUAAAUAUGAGCUUUCUGCUAUCAUUCUCAUGUAGUGUUUACAUUUCAUCUCUUUCCCCUAACUUUAAUACAGAUCAGUAUAAUGUAUCUGGCAAGAUUUGGUGAAUAUUUAUAAAUAAAACAAUUAUUAAAGCUCUAUCACUGUCUCUGUUAUGUGGGAUGGGAAACAGAGAACCUUUAAUUUUUUAAAAAUGGGGUAAGGUUAAAACUUUUAAAACUUUCAAUAGAUCUUGACUUCUGAGAAUAAAAAAGGUGUUCUCUUAUACCGGAUCUUCCCACCAGAAUUAGGUAAAACAGGAAAAUUACAUCUG